CCACCAUGUCUUCCUUCGGAGCUCCAGGUAAAGUAUCCUUUACUGUUCGUCGCCCAUCUCCAGUUUCGAGGCAAGGCUCUUCUGGACCGGAUUCGGAUUCGGGAGGACAAUUCAAAGUACCUGCAUUACCCAAACGAUUAACAGAGAGUGGUCGUUCGAGGCCCGGAAGUCCUCUUGCAAAUGGAAAGGCUUCACCAAAGCCAUCCAGACCACCAAGCAGACGUGCCAAUGUAGACUCAAGUGAUGAAGAAGACGAAGCAGUUGACGAAAUGAUCACUGGUUUUGACCAAUUUGGUGCUGAGCGACUUAAUGGGAAAAAGAAGGAUGAAGGACCUCUUGUUAUCCCCGCUCUAGCGAAUCGUGAUUGGCGCGAAGCCGCACGGAAGCGCAAGGCAGUUGAAAUGUUCGUACCAGCAGCUGGUGCGGCAAAGACAGGUGCCGACGGCAGUGUCGGCGGUUUGGGUACAACAGAUACCAUUAACUCAGAGCCUCUGGUUUCUGGCCUAGUGAGGAUGGAAAAGAAGACAAAGAUGGACGUCGAUAGCGAAGGCAAUAUUCUCACACAAGAAGUCACGACAACCGAAACUGUCGAAGUGCGCGAGGAAACAGAAGAUGAGAAAGCCAUGCGUGCACUAAUAGCAAAGGCCAGCGGAGAACAAGACCCAGAUGCAGAGUUAUUGAUAUCUGCUAUCUCCUCGGGAGACAACGAUUUGACACGGCCUGCAGACGAAACAGAUGCAUAUAGACGCGACGUCGUUACUCGUCCAGAUCAAGCAUCACUGGAAGACUACGAACGCGUUCCCGUCGAACAGUUUGGUGCCGCGUUGUUACGUGGCAUGGGUUGGAAGCCCGGCCAAGCUGCCUCGCGCACGCGAACAGGACCUUCCGAACCAUACUUGCCUGCUGCACGGCCUGCAUUAUUAGGACUCGGGGCAAAGGAACGCAAUAUUGUUGAUGACGGCUCAGACUCGAAGAAGCCCACGAGGCCGGAGAAACGAUAUGUUCCCUUAGUGAAAAAGGAACGCGAACGAAGCGGCCGAGAUCCGGGUUCAGCACCCUCCUCACGAAGAAAUUCAAGGUCCCCCGAACCUAACAGGAGACAGGAAAGGGGCUCAGACGGAGAACGGGCUACUGACCGCCAACGCGACUACGACUACUAUAAACGGAGGGAUCGUCAUCAUGAGCGGGAUUAUGGUCACGGGCGAAAGGGAAGACGGAACGAUGGUGACUACAAAAGGGAUCAGGAAAGGCAUGGAAAUGAUGAUGCCAUAGGAGAAAGACGCAGAGAAAACCGUGACCGGGAGAAGUAUUUCUAG